CAGCUUUCGCCGCCGACAAAAAGUACACGCCAUGCCUCGCCGUAAAGAUGUGCCUGAUGCAGCUGCUGCUGUCUUGCUUGAGGAUGCUUUGCCUUUUCCUUGAGCAGAUGAUUCACCUUCUUCGAGUGGACUGCCUUCGUCUUCGCCCUCGUCUGACCUGGUGGAAUUCAUCAAUUAAAGCGCAUUUCAGCUCGACUCACUCCAAUGACUCGUCUGAUGACAGGUAUGUAUCGAGGCACAGAGAAGUGACCCGGAUGAACUUGGAUGGAAGAGGCCAGUGCAUGCACAAAGGGAAGGGGGGGAAGUGCUCCUGGGCAACUCUGAAGCCUAAAGACAAGCGAGCGGUCUUACUCACGAAGUAGCCGAUAGCGAGCCCGAGCUUGCUCCUCUUUCGUGACCUGUCCAACCUCGGAGCAUGUUGGGAUCCACACUUCCAGGCAUAGUAUAGACGUCGCCGUAUCCAGGAGGUGGUCUUAUCCUGCUGCUGCCACUGCUGCUGCCACCACCCCCGACUCCGCUGCUGCCAGGUGAGGAAGAUGAUCCCAUAUUCAUGGUGGUGUAUCCAUGAUCCGACAUUCUCCGCCCCUCCCU